AUGCGACAGGAACUCAAUCGCUUGGUGAUGUCCCCCCAUUUAAUAGAACAACAAAAGGCCACGCUUCAGCUGACCCCGGACCAAUACUUGAGCUUUGGCGAGCUGACGAAGCCCUCACAGGCGCUGAUCAGCAGGCUGAAAAGGGCCGAUCAGCUCGACCGGAUCCUACUCACGAGGGCCUCAACCUUCUUCGUGCUAGCGUGUCUGUACAUCCUCAAAAAGCGGAUCCUGGACCGCAGCGUCUCGCUGCUUCCCACCCUCCUCUCUCCCCUCAGCCGGACGACGGCUCAGAUCAUCACAAAUAACGAGCAGGCCGCCGUCGCCAUCGCCUCAACUGGUGCGCAGGAUGUCCUGCUGGGCGCUUCAGCAGAGGCCGCCGCCGCCGGUGUGACCACCUACACAGUCGCUUUCAUCCCAAGCCUCGCAUCCCCCGAUUUACCCCCAGCCGUCGCCGAACUUCCGCUGACACCCACCCCCGCCAAUCCAUCUGUCCCCCAAAUGCCAGACAUUGAACUACUUCAUGAAGAGCUUUAA